GUCCAAACUGACAAUGCUGGUGAGAUGAAGAUAGUGUUGUUGCUGCUUCUGGGCUCACGGAGGACGACGAAAGGAAUCUACAAGCCGACAAGAUGAGAUCCAAGGCGAGGGCGAGAAAACUGGCAAAAAAUGACAGUGAGCCAGUUGACAGCAUGUUUGACACAGAAGCUGACCUCCAGGGUUUAGCAACUGGCAGCGCUGACAGCCCAGAAGAAGACGCAGAAGACGCCAUUAUCAACAUGACUCCUCUGCCCUCACCAACUCCUUCCCAUCAAAACAACCACCACCAUCACCUGCUGCACCCCCACAUUUACAAGUCGCACCACCUCCACAACAACAGCAGCAGCAGCAAUGACCAGGACUUCACCACACCCAAGGAGGGCUCGCCCUACGAGGCGCCCGUCUACAUUCCUGAUGACAUUCCCAUUCCCGGUGAGCUGGAGCUGCGAGAGUCUUCUGUGCCUGGCGCUGGCCUAGGCAUAUGGGCUAAGACUCGCAUAUGUGCUGGUGAGAGGUUUGGCCUGCACAGCUCAAAGCAUCAUGGGUCCACAGGCAAAGACAACUCCUUUGGAUGGGAGCAGAUGAUAAAUGACCACGAAGAUGACUCCCCAGACAGCUGCAUCAAAAAGGUGAUGGAUGACAUAGGCAACGUCAGGUUUGCAUUGGACACUGGCCCGGAUGCAACCACCAAUAGCUGGCUGAAGUACGUCCGCUCUGCUCCAUCAUUUGAGGAGCAGAAUCUCACCGCCUGUCACCUAACAGGAGACCAGAUUUAUUAUAAAGCUGUUCGGGACAUUGAAGCGGGGGAGGAGCUCCUGGUGUAUAUGAAGGACGGGAUUUUCCCCGAGGGAUCCAUGGCACCCAACCUACAAGACGAGCAAAUGUACCGCUGUGAAGACUGCGACGAGCUGUUCUCCUCCACGCUCGAGCUGCGGCGGCACCAGAAGUAUUCGUGUUCGAGUUCAGGUUCUAUCUUUGAUGCACUGAGAGAGGACUUCAAACAGGAGCGGGAGGACAGCGAUGAGCCCAUCCAUGAGUGCAAGGACUGCGAAAAGAUCUUUCCAAAUGAGUACAGUCUGGGGCAACACAUGAUAGUCCACACAGAGGAGAGGGAGUACAAGUGUGACCAGUGUCCCAAAGCCUUCAACUGGAAAUCCAACCUCAUCCGCCACCAAAUGUCUCAUGACAGUGGCAAGCGCUUUGAGUGUGAAAACUGUGAUAAGGUACAGCCAACCCGGCACGUGUUCACAGAUCCCAGCAACCUUCAGCGACACAUCCGCUCCCAACACGUGGGGGCGCGGGCUCACACGUGUCCUGAAUGUGGCAAGACCUUUGCCACCUCAUCAGGUCUCAAACAGCAUAAACACAUCCACAGCAGUGUCAAACCCUUUAUCUGUGAGGUGUGCCACAAAUCCUACACACAGUUCUCCAACCUCUGUCGUCACAAGCGAAUGCAUGCUGACUGUCGUACCCAGAUCAAGUGUAAGGACUGUGGGCAGUUGUUCAGCACUACCUCCUCCCUCAACAAGCAUCGCCGCUUCUGCGAGGGCAAAAAUCAUUAUGGCUCUCCAGCAGGGAUUUUCAAUCCUGGAAUUGCCAUGAGCUCUAGCCCCAUCAUGGCUAAAGCCAAGUCCCACCAUCCCCACCUGCCAGGUCUAAAUCAGUCAGGUUUAGGCUUCACUGACUACUUUCCUUCGAGACCUCACCCUCAUGCUGGCUUGCCCUUCUCAACAGGACCUCAUGGCUUCCCAUCCCUCCCACAUGGGUUCCCAGGUAUCUUUCCCCCAACACUUUAUCCGCGACCACCUUUAUUACCUCCCAGUCCUCUAUUAAAGAACCCACUAGCUGGCAGCAGUCAGGAGGUAAAGCUUCCUCGGAGCCCCUUAGAUGCCCCACCACUGUCACUUGUCAGCUCUACAAACAGCAAUGGUAUUGGCAGUUUGAGUCCACUGGGAGACAAAAAAAAGGACAGUAAGCUAGAUUUGUCUUCUAGUGGAGAGCCCAAGCCUAAAUCUAAAAUGGCAGACAUGUCUGAUGGAAGUGACCUUGAAGAUGUUAAUACCACAAGUGGGACAGAUUUGGAGACCACCACUGGUACUGUUUCAGGUGAUGGUUCUGACCUGGAGAGCGAUGGAGAGAGUGAACGUGAGAGAAGUGGUAAAAGGAGGAAGCCAUCUGGCACUGUGUCAAGUCAGGAUGGAAACCAGUUAGAAGACUCAAGUAGUGCAUUGAUAUCAGCUGUGUCUAGUUCUGGGACACUUUUUUUAGAUCGCCCUUUUCAUUCUUCUGCUUCAUCCCAGCACUCCUUCUUCCCUCCACCUGAUGAACAAGCCCUGCCUCCUACCACCACAAAUGCCAAUGCAGCCACCACUGAUUCCAUCAAAGCCAUUGCUAACAUUGCUGAAAAAUAUUUUGGUCCAGCUUUGAUGGGACUUCAUCAGGAGAAAAAGAUGGGUCCGCUACCCUACCAUUCCAUGUUUCCCUUCCAGUUUCUACCCAACUUCCACAACUCCCUUUAUCCUUUCAGCACUAAUCGAGGCACUCUCAAUCCUAGCGUAUUCCUGAAGGCAGAGCCCAAAUCACCUCGUGAACAGUUGCACAAGAUUGUUUCAAGUUCUCCCGCAGCUCCUGCUCCCACUGCAGAGUCACCUUUUGAUCUUACAACAAAACCCAAGGAGGCCAAGUUAACUCCUCCAACCCCAACUAACCCAUCCAACCCUAGCAAUACUGGGAACAGCAGUGGUCCUGUAGCAAUAUCCAACAGUGAAGAGCAGCCACUGGACCUCAGCAUCGGCAACAGAAACCGUAGUGGUCACAACGGCCUGCAAGCCGAGCCACAAAGUCAAAAGAAUCACAUCUUUGGAGUCGGCAAAGGGGUCUCCCAUAAGGAUGAAACCACGUUGGGAUUUCUUCAUCCCCAUUCGCAGUCAUUGCACCAAUCCUCCAUCACACAGCACCAGCAGCCGCAGGCACAGCCACAUCAGCCUUCACUACUGCACUACGCCAAGCCCUCAGCAUUUUUCAUGGAUCCUAUCUACAGCAGGGUGGAGAAGAGGAAGCUACUUGACCCAGUUGGAGCUCUGAAGGAGAAGAUCCUCAGGCCCUCUCCACCACUCUUCCAUCCACAGAUGUCAGCCAUGGAAAAUAUGACAGAGAAGCUGGAGAGCUUUGGUGCCCUAAAACUGGAAAUGCCCCCCAACACGCUCCAACACCCGACCCAUCCACUGUUCAACUUCCGCUCACCUCCACCUUCCCUCUCAGAUGCAAUCCUUCGAAAAGGCAAGGAACGCUACGCUUGCAGGUACUGUGGGAAAAUUUUCCCCCGCUCAGCAAACCUCACCAGACACUUGCGGACACACACAGGGGAACAGCCCUACAGGUGUAAAUACUGUGACCGCUCAUUCAGCAUCUCCUCCAACCUUCAACGUCAUGUUCGCAAUAUCCAUAACAAGGAGAAACCCUUUAAAUGUCACCUGUGCAACCGCUGCUUUGGUCAGCAAACCAAUCUCGAUCGCCAUCUCAAGAAGCACGAACACGAGAACAUUCCUGUCAGCCAGCAGUCCGGGAUGCUUUCCAACCUAGGAACUACCAUCUCCUCUCCAAACUCCGAGCCAGACAAUCACGCACUUUUAGACGAGAAAGAGGACUCGUACUUCUCUGAAAUUCGCAAUUUCAUUUCCAACAGUGAGAUGAAUCAGGCCUCCAGCUCCAUGGAUAAAAGGUCAGAACAGCCCGAGGAGGAGCGCCCACCCACUCACAGUUUGUCCAACUCCAAGCUAGGGCUACAGGGGCUGGAGGAAGAGGAGGUGGAAGGGGACGACGAGGAGGAGGAAGAAGGCAGCCUGACAGAGAAGUCGCACGAUGAGGCGCCGGAGUCCCCAUCUCCUGUAACAACGGGCGUCUACGAGGAGGACGAGGAAGAGGAAGACGCAGAGACACCUUCAUUAGCAAUGAGCUAUGAACACACUCGCAGGUGUAUUGAGGAGGAGGGCUCUCUCUUGGAUCUGGAGGGUCUGUCCAGCUUUCCUAAGAGCCUGGAUGGCUUACGUAAAGCAGCCAUUGAUGAGCAAUCCUUUGACGUUAAAGAUAUAUUUAACACUUCUCUAGAGUCUGAAGCAUUGAAAGAAACCUUGUACAGACAGGCUAAAACCCAGGCUUAUGCAAUGAUGCUGUCUCUCUCAGAGAACAACCCUUUACAUGCGCCCUCUCAGAACUCUCUGGACGCUUGGCUGAGCAUGGGAAGCGGACCGUCUGAGACGAGCAGCUUUCACCCACUCAACCAUAUCUAGGCAAAGAGAGGCCGAGGAAUGCGGAAGGAAAAGUAGGGGGAACAUUUAGUCUCACAAACAGACAGAAAUAAGAGACUGACAGGAUGGCAAGAAGACAAGAAGGCCCUGAAGGAUUUCAUUGUCACAUACAUUCAAGGCAGAGCGCAUGAAUUUGCGUGGCUAUGCCUGUGUUCACAAGUUUGUAUGUUUGUUUGAGUACGACAGGGGAGGGAGUGUCCCAUCGUGAAGCGUCCUGCAAGACUGUCUAAGAGAAAGCACUGCUAAGCUCCUGUUGAUGUGAAGGACAUGAUGAAUGCUUCUCUAUAGCAUUAAAACUCUGCAUCACUCUGAUCCUACCCCAGUGCACAAUGCUCCCUGUAGCAUCACAGUCACCCUGUAAAACGCUCCCCUAAAGACACUUACUGACUGAUAAUGUCUCUAAAGUCCGUGCACUAUGCCCAACACAAGCAUUGCAGCACUGACACUGCAUGCCCACCAGGUGGCACUGUUUCAGCAGAAAUGGAGUGGACUAGAGUGAUUCUUUCCAGGUUUUCCUCCACCAGUCAUGGCGACUUAUCUUGUUAAUUUUUUUAAUUUUUAUUUAAUUUCAGAAUCAACAACAGCACCAGACAAAAUAAAUUAACAUUCAGAACCAGCAGACAGUUGAUUUUACACUGAUUACAUGGAGAAUGAUGUCCAACUUUCAAAUGUGAUGAUGUAAUGAGCUAUGUGGGCCAAUAGCCAUUGAAACUGGCUACUAAAUUUGUUCAUGCUGAAAUGAAUUUAAAUUAUACUGAAAAAGAGUGUUUUUCUGUUUGUUUAUUGCAUCAUCAUUUAAAUGUAUGUAUUUUCUUUCCUAUAGAUACCACAGUAUUGCUUCUUUUUAGGCGCCAGAGUGCUCAACUGCUAAUUUAAUUAUUUUAGAGAAGGACCAAAUUUGUAUGAUGCUGUCACAUUAUGUAAAAAUAACCUAGACGUUCAUAGCAAGAGUGGUAUGUGCCAAAUAACCAUUAGAAAAUGUUUUUUUUCUUUGACAAUCAUUUCAUUACCCAGAGGCCUCACAUUUGCUGUCAUAUUUUCCCUAAUUACACUUAUAUGUUUAAUUUCAGAAGUGUGUGCAUGUAUUUAUUUUAAUGUUGUUUUGUUGAGUCUCGAUAAGCGAAAAUGAAGAAAAAAAAUGUCUUUUCAUCCCUGUUUUUCUCGAAGAAGGAAGGAAAGAAGGAUCGGAUGUCAAAGUACAGGGGGAGAUUCUGAAUCUCUGGUUUUGAUGGAUUAGUGUGCCAAAAUGAAAAGACCCCAUGAUUUAAUUUACUUUUUAUUUAUAGUUAAAUGCAAGUGUAGUUAGUUUUAGAGUCCUGUUUGGCAUUGGAAUAUAGUACCAGGUUUACCCUGGUUUAUUUUUUGUUUCACUUUAACAAUUUUACUCAAUAUACUGUUUUCUUUCCCUCUCUGUCUAGGGGCAUAAUUUUACAAAUAUCAUUUGAAUGUCAGUUAAAGGGCAUUACGUUAUCAUUAUUGAAUCUGGAUUUCUGCUGCCUUUGGCUCACGUUAUGUUCUGUUUGGCAUUCAUUACUUGUAGUGAAACCAACAAGUUGUAAUCCUAAUUGAUUCAUCUCAGGUUAGUUGUCUGGUCUGAAAUUCUCACAACACUCAGUCAAAACGGCAUAAGGAUGACAGAUUUACUGAUUAUAUAUGAAGAGAUUUGACUCAUGAUUGUUAAAAAACAGAGUGGACAUCCUAAAGUUUGUUAGUCAAUCCAGUUUACCUCCCUCUAGAUUUCUUUGAAAAUCCAUUCCAUUAAUCUGCGAAGACAGCUGUGUCAUAGACAGCAUGAAACAUUUACUCUAGGUACUUGUAGGUUGCUGGGUUUAGCCUGUUAGAUCACUUUUCAUCCCUUUUAGAUUAAUGAUCAGGUCUGAUGAUGUUUUUUUUGAACUAGCACUUAAAGCAACUGGGACCAAGCCGUGAACUGAACAGGGUUUGGUCUCUUGGUUAAACACAGACUUCGGAUCCAUUUUUUAAGCUGAUUUCACUUCCAAGAGAUGGGCCGGCUGGGCUCAAUAAGGAGAGAUAAGAAUAAAACUAAAGCACUGUAAUUUUGAUUCACAACAGCAGGUGGUAGUGUUAUGCUAGGACUGCUGAAUCAUCCCAUUGAGUGAGAUUUUGUUGAUUGUAAACGCAUUGUUUUUCAAUCUGUGCUUAGGAAUUGUAAAGACUUGGCUCACUAAGGUUUUAGGUUGACUAUGAGCAGUUAUUCAUGUCAUGGACUACUGUAAUCACGCGCUGUCUGAAGCAACUGAAUUGAAAGUGUUGAAGUAUUCCAUUUUUCUGGUCACUGAAAUAUUUUUUCAGCAUAAUGGACAUGGUUGCUCUUUGCCCAACUGUUACAGAAGAAAGUAAAAUGAUAUACACGGUUUCUUUUUAACUGUAUAGUAUUUUAAAGAAUGAAAAACAAUGGUGCAUUUGUCUGAAGAAAAAACCUUUGAAAAAUAUGGGUUUAAAUGGAUGGUGCUUGUUUUGUUUAAAUCUGAGUUGUAUAUCGCCUCUGUUAUGUUUAUUGAAAACAAAUGAAAAAAAGUUAUUGUGCAUGACGUGUUUAGCGGUCAUAAUGAUGUCCAUUUGUGAAAUGUGUAUCAAUUCAAAAACACACAAAAAAAGCAAAAGAAAAAAAUUGUAGAUGCACUUAUUGUACAUGUGUUUAGGGUAGUAGGUUUGACUUCAAGUUCUGACUGCCUGGCAGAUGUGUGGGCAGGUUCUGAAAGACAUAGUAAUGACUCCUGGGAGAAGACCUAAUGAAAAACAAUAAAGGAUUGUAGAAUAAUAUUGAACAAUUCUGAAAUUGCAGUUCUUUUGAUGCUUGUGAUUAUUGCAGAUGUACUUUAGAGAAAUUUCAUUGAAAAGAUAUGACUGAUGUUAAUUCUGUAGAAUAGCAAUGUAUACCAAAUGUAAUCUUUCCAAUGCUAUGAAGAAUUUAUACAUGAAAUUGAUAUGCAAUAAAACCUGUGUGCUUUUUA